AUGUCAAUCACAAUUCGCAAAACACAUCCAUACCGUGCGCAAGAUAACCCCAAGAUGCUAAUAGUGACUUACGAGGGUGAGCACCGUCACGUUCUUCCGUUAACUGCCGCUGCCGGCGGCCCUUCAUCAGUACAGGUUGCUGUAGUUGUGUUCUGUAGUUGUUUUUUUCCUCACCUAUUUUGUGUCACUAGAUUCCAAGAGGCUGAGGAUGACUGCACAGAGGCCUUAAAUCUUGAUGAUCGUUACAUAAAAGCAUACUCACGAAGAGCAACAGCUAGAAAAGAACUUGGAAAAAUUAAAGAAUCAAUGGACGAUGCUGAAUUUGCCUUGAGGUUGGAACCAAACAAUCAAGAAAUCAAGAAACAGUAUGCUGAUGCUAAGUCUUUCUAUGAGAAAGAUAUUCUUCAGAAAGCAUCAGGGGUUCUGAGAAGCACUGUACAGGGAACUCAAAAAGUGGGAAAGUCAGAGGAAAAAGUUAAUGGAGACAGCAUCCACCCCAUUUCACAUAGUACUCAAAAGUCUGGACUAGCUGAAGUUCAUCAUCAUAAAAAGGAUAAUAAACGGCAAAUACUUGUUAAAGAAUCACUCUUAACAGAGGAUGUUGAUAGCAGAGAAAUAAAAGCCAGAAGCUGGCCUCAAUCACAAGGAGAUGAUGGUUCUAAGGGAGGUUUGAGUGCAAGCAACAGUUUGGAGCAGAGAAAUCACAGAAUUACCAAGCCAGAAAUGAAAGCUUCUGUUCAACAGCUUGCUUCUCGCGCUGCUUCUAGAGCCAUGUCUGAAGCUGCCAAAAACGUAACACCUCCAACUACAGCUUAUCAGUUUGAGGUCUCCUGGAGAGCAUUUUCAGGUGAUCUUGCUCUGCAGGCUCGUCUAUUAAAGGCUAUAUCUCCCUAUGAAUUGCCGAAAAUAUUCAAAAAUGCCUUGUCUUCUACCAUACUAAUUGAGAUCAUCAAGUGUCUUGCAUCUCUUUUCACUGAGGACAUGGAUCUGGUUGUCAGUUAUUUGGAGCAUUUGACCAAGGUACCAAGAUUUGAUGUGAUUGUAAUGUGCCUUUCAUCAACAAAUAAGGAUGGGAUUUCCUGAAGCUCUUCUUGUGCAACUCCUAAAAGUAAUGUUGCAUUCAGAUGUGGAGGCUCGCAUCGGAGCACACCUUAUAUUUUCCAUUCUUCUUUUUCCAAGUUCCUUCCAUACGAAU